UUUUGAUUCCCACCAGCUCAACAGCGACUCUUUCUGUGGUCCAUUAAAACAAAUAUUAAUAUGGCAGUUUCAAUAUUAUAUAUGUACAAACAAGAGAAAAUACAUGCAUAUAUAUGCAUAUACUCGUGUUAAAUAAGACAAAAGUAUAUUUUAGUAAUCUUUAUUCAUUCCAUAUGUCCAUGUAAAUUACUGUAUUUUCACUGAUCAUGUCAAUAACUGAGCAUUUUAAACAAUUAAUAACUUACAGCAAAGUUCCAGCAGCUAAGGUUGUAUCUGCAUAUUCUGAAACACUUCAUUAAACCAACAUCACAUGUACAUGGAGUGAAAUAUGGCAAUUCAAUGUGUCGUUUUUAAUGGCUACUACUAUUGAAUGGAAAUAUGUAUGCCUUGUGCAUAUUUUCAAACACUUUUAUUUGGGAUAUUUGUGCUGAAAGUCACACUAAUACACACAUUUCAGAAUAUUCAUUUAUUUGAAAGUGUAUGAAUAUGUUGAAAUGAUACAGGCUAUUUGUAAUGUUAGAGUAAAUAACAUCAGAAUUCCUGAAGUUACUGGAAGAUAUAAAGGGCUGGACAGAAACCAGAGGAUCUGCGACCUCUGUGGUGAUAAUCACGUGGGAGAUGAGCAUCAUAUUUUGAUUGAAAGUGCAAAUGUGAGCUUAAUGACUUACAGAAAAAGUUUAAAUUAAUUUUGUUAUUACAAUCAGAUAAGCCAAAAGUCAUUUGUAAACUAGGUGCUUUUUUGAAGAAUGUCCUUCCUCUGUUUAAGUAACACUGGCUGUACUUUAGCCACACCAUGUGACAUGGUCGUGAGUCAAAUAAAUGAAAAUAAAAAGAUGACAUAUUAAGUUCAAUAUUGUGCCAAACACUCUAAAACCAGACUUUUAAAACAUACACUUUUCUAUUGCAUUUAUUGAACCUGAAUGAGUCACAGGCUUUAUAUAUAUUGACCACAGCUCCUCAUUCCUGCCUCAGCCUUGUCUCUUUAGGAGACAGUGGAGGAGAUCGUGAUCAACGUGAUGGUGGAGGAAUGGCCUCUCAGGGGUAAUGUGAAUUGUCAGUGACAUGGGGUCACUGACACACACACGCCCACACACACACACACAUUUGGGGGUGGUUAAGGUUAUUCCUACAAAAGGAAAUUGGAUCCUGAUUACAGAUUGGUGUCAAUGUGGGUUAACCUGAGGUCUGACUGCAGCUUUAUUGAACAGAGUUGACACGAUGAGAGCAGAGGCGUGAGGCAGAAUCGAUUAGCAGCAACACAUGGAGGGGAAAGGGUUUAUGUUUACAGGAGCUGAGAGUAUGAUAUUAUAUUUUAGAUUAAAACCAGGCAGCGUCCUGUCUCAUUGGAUUUGACAGUUCACUUUUUGCUCAGUGAUAGUUUUAUGUUGUGUGUGUGGUGAGUUGUGACACAUCAAAAUGACUCAUGAAUGAGUCACAAGUAUGUUUAACUGCAUACAACAGGCCAUAGAUUAAGAUUGGACAUUAGACUGGAUGAUACAAGUUUGAUCCCCACUCAGCCACCAAAUAUGUUUUAUGAAAUGUGAAUCCACCUUUCACCGUCUUUGAUUUCCUCCACAGAUACAAAGGUGCUGAGCAGUGUGACCCGUGUCACAAUGUUCCAUGAAUAUUUCAGAGGCUGGCUGAUGUCAACGGGAGCUGUAAAGCGUCUAUAAAGAGGGGGCUCCUCUCUGUGCAGAGGACCUCCAAACACCCGCCUCCGCAGAAGCACCACUUUUAUCCACCCGCCGAAGAGAAGGACUCGUCCGUGUUCGUGUGUCAGCACCAUGGUCAGCGCUCGGGCUCUCCUCCUCGCGGUCACCUGCUGCUACGCCUACCUGUGGCUCGCUCGCGCAGAGGACUCCUCACUGGAGACGCGCUCGUUGGAUUUCCCGCUGAAAACCCAACAGGAGAAGGACCUGAUCGACGCGUUGCAAGAAGUUCUGGAGAAGCUGCGGAGCAAAGAGAUGCCCUCAGAGAAAAAGCUUGGAUGGCUGCCUUCGUGUGACGCAGGGGAGCCGUGCGCCGUGCGUAAAGGCGCGCGUAUUGGCACGCUAUGCAGCUGUCCCCGGGGAACUGCCUGUAACUUUUAUGUCCUCAAAUGUUUGUGAAGAAAAAGAGAAGAAAGAAAAAACAAGAAAGAGAGAGUUCAGGGCUUUGGAGUCACAAAAUCUACUGUUAUCCUCUGUGUGACAAAAAAAUAAAUGUAACAUGUGAUUAAUAAAGGACGCUUUUCUUUUAUAAACGUGGACCGGAAGAUGUUAGAAUAAUAGAUUUUAAUGUCUGUGUGCAUCUGUAUCUUCUUAUUUGUCCGCCAGGGAAGUUAUUUGUGUGGGGCUGUGGCAUCUUGUGAAAGACUCUGAAUGCAAGUUUUGUCCUAAAUAAUUUUUCCUCUUGGGUUUUGUUUGUUGUUGUUCCUGUUAUGGGGGGGAGAUAGUGAAGCUAUCUAUAGCACCAGGUUCAAAACUCUUUUGUAAGAUAAGGAGGUCAAUAAAUUAACAACUUAUAUUCAAGUGUCUGUGUGUCUGUUGCACUAUUAGAGGUUUGAUCCAGUAUUAGCCAGGAUGGUCUGACCCCAUCCUACAUCGCAGACCUCCAAUCCACCUAUUCUACACUCAAGUCCCUUAAAUUAUACAACAUAAUACAAUGAUACAUAUAAUUAAGGGGUUUUAUCCAGUAUUAUCCA